AGAGAGAGAGAGAGGGCGUGAGCCGUCAGUCUCUCCCAUCAUCACCACCAUCCUCUGAGGUGUGUCUGCACCGCUGGAGCCGCAGUCACACACACACACACACACACACACACACACACACACUUUCUCUCUCUCACACACACAUUCACGGACACACACACUCAGUCUGAGAGCCCGUGGACCGACUGAAACGACCCCCGUUCUCUUUGUUCGGCCCGAAAAAUGGCGUCAAAAUGUCCAAAAUGCGACAAGACGGUGUAUUUCGCGGAGAAGGUGUCCUCUUUAGGGAAAGACUGGCACAAGUUCUGUCUGAAGUGCGAGCGCUGCAGCAAGACGCUGAAUCCAGGAGGCCACGCUGAGCAUGACGGGAAGCCUUUCUGCCACAAGCCCUGCUACGCCGCCCUCUUUGGACCAAAAGGCGUGAACAUCGGCGGAGCUGGCUCCUACGUGUACGACAAUCCUGCCAACGAAGCCCCUGCUGCCGUUUCAAUGGAAACCAACGCCAAACCACAGGAGGAGAGAAAAGCCCCCGCACGGGGACCUGUGAAGGCGGCGAGCUUCUCGUCUUUCUCCGGAGGACCAAACAUCUGCCCUCGCUGCAACAAGACGGUUUAUUUCGCAGAGAAGGUGUCGUCUCUGGGGAAGAACUGGCACCGGCCCUGUCUGCGCUGCGAGCGCUGCAGUAAGACUCUGGCUCCUGGCAGCCACGCAGAGCAUGAUGGACAGCCGUACUGCCACAAACCGUGCUACGCUGUUCUGUUUGGACCUAAAGGUGUAAACACUGGAGGUGUCGGCAGCUACAUCUACGACGAUCCUGAAGCCGAGGCGCAGCAGUGAACUCAGACGAAGCUCCGCCUCCGGGACCCUCGAUGUCUCUCUGAUUUGCCUUCCUCAGUCGCUCGAUACGUACUGCACUCACAGGGAUGGAAACCUAGAUGUUCUGUUGUAUUUGUAUAUUGUUUAUAUAUCUAUUUUUUGUACCAAAACAAACCUUAAACAUGUCCUCCCGAGUGAGCUUUGGAUUUGCCUUUAGGUACUUUUGGUUCUCUUUGCCAAAUAAUGAUCAGCGUAUUAUGUAGUGAAUUAACACGCCUGAGAUUUUUUCACUUGUUAUUAAAACUUUUUCAGACUUUUGUGCACUUAAAAAGAUGUUCUGUGUGUAAACCUAACGGCCCACCAGUUAACCGUCAGUGUCAUUUAAACAGGUUUAUCCUGCUUGUUAACGGGGGGAGGCGGUGUAGACGUAGAUAAUGUAUACCUGUACCGCACACAAACGUGCAUUUUACUGAAUGUUUGACGCUGAUUUUUAGUCUGUUGUGAAUAAAAACUGCACAUCAGAUUUUCUAACGUAAAAA